AUGCAAGCUGAAAACAUGCAAUCAGAAUACAGUGAGAGAGCAACAAAACAUAGAAAACUCGAGUUGCCGGAAGUCCUUUGGUUCUUAGAUCUCGAAGCUCAAGUAUCCGAGGUGGAAACCGACGAUCAGGUUGGCAGCGACGAAGGCGAUCUUAUCGACGACGACGAAGACAUUGAUGAGUCGAAUUCGGGAGAUGCGCACCAGAACCUUCUCCGUGAAGCAAUGAUGCCGUCCGAUGACGACACGUUUUGGGAAAGCUUUCUCAAGUGUGUCAUGGCUCAUCAACAUAUUGCGGAAGAAGACAUUCAAGAUAUUGGAAAGGCGUCUUUGUGGGCGGUGCCUGUCAAGCCUAGAUAUGAGGAGAGGAUAGUUUGUCGAGUCCAUCGGCGGCUCAUGGACCCUAGAUUUCCUGCACGGUUUUGA